AUGUACAUACAGGUCCAGCCUACUAAAGAAAAACCGCAAUCGAAAACCAAAUGGCAGACGUUUUGUGGAAACUUUCGCUGGCUGAAGGGUAUUGGAUUGUAUAUAAAAAACUAUUUCACCGAAAGUUGCAUACAUGGUUUUGCGUAUUUGGUUAAAAACCAGUUGAUUUUGAUUGAACAUGUGGCUUGGCUGUUACUCUUAAUCGUAUCGGUUGGUAUGUGCAUCUUUACGGGUCUGCAAGCGAUGGAUAAAUACAAGUCCAAGAGCACAGUUAUGGGUAUGGAGCGUGACUUCUACUUCUGGCGCACACCAAUACCUAGUUUUACGGUGUGUCCUAUGCGUCGCUUAAGUCAGGAGCUCUUCGAUAAGUAUUGUCACAAAAAGAAAAUAACGGGUCAGCCGAAAGAGGAUCUGUAUGUGUUCCUUGAGACUUUGGCCAACUCGACAUAUUUUAACUUCGCUAAUAUAACUGUACGGCCGAGCAUCGAUGGCACCUUGGACCGCUUGCGCUUGCGACCUGCACAGUACAUGUCCCUAAUAUAUAACUUAACCACCGACUUCACGCAGGAGGAGGAAGGCCGGAAGCCUAUCAAGCUGAAUGAUGGCUUCAAGGAUUUUGUGGUGCGUCAGGUGCUCACCGAAUUCGGUAUUUGCUACUUGGGCAACAGCUAUUUACACGAUGAGUAUACAGCACGUUAUUUUUUGUUUGGCAAAUACCCGAAGAUCAAGAAGGAAGAUGCCAAAAUGCUGUUGGGUAGUUACUUCGAUAGCGCGUUGUUGAUUUUAUCGGUGCCGAAGGCGUUCGAAAGUAUUGGGGUUUUCAUACACUCUUCUCAUGAUGCCUUGAAAAUUGAGCAGAAGUUUUUCUAUACCAACGAGGCGGUGUACUACAAAGCUGAGACUCGAGAAAUUGUUGCCGAAGAUGGUUUUGAAAAAUCUACUACGGUGGCUCAACGCAAUUGCCGUUUUCCGCACGAGUCCAAUUUGGAGCAUUUUGAAAUUUACACCAAAAGCUUUUGUAUGCAAGAAUGCCGCCUUAAUUUGGUCUAUAAAAAAUGUAAAUGCAUACCACAUUUUUAUCCGAAUAGAAUUAAAAAUCCGAAACCGAUUUGUUCGUACACUACGCUUAAGUCCUGUGUGGCUAAAAACGCAGAGUCCUUUCGCCGUUUACACAGCUCGAAAGCUCGCAAAACAGUGCAUUGUCAUUGUAUGGAUUCUUGCUUCAACAGCAUUGUUGUUGUGAAGAGUGUAGAGGUUUUAGCAAAUCUCAACGUCUUUCAGACUGGUUUUACUGUCGGCCUUGAGGUAACCACUUGGCCACUGGAGCUGCUGAAACGACAAGUGAUUUUUACUUUUACCGAUUUGUUGGUUUAUGUUGGUGGCGCGGCUGGAUUGUUCCUUGGCUUCAGCGUUUUGGGUGCUAUUGAGUUCUUCUACUAUUUUUCACUGCGCUUGUUGUGGUAUCUGAGAGGUUACAGAUAUUAAUAGCGAAGUGAAAUUUAAAAAUAAACAGCCAUUUCCGUUUAUUAUAAGUUGUUUACAUACGUACAUACAUAAAUACAUAAAUUCCUGGUAUAUAACAACAUUUUACCGUUUAUCAAUACAAUUUACUACGAAUUACUAUUAUUUACUAAAUAAUG